AUGCGGAGAAUCCAUCGUGCGAGGCUGUCCACCCGCCACAUUGAAGCCACUCGAGCGCUCUAUCGCUGCUCCACUGCGUCCUGCGCCUCUCGACCAACCGACUGCUCAAUCGGUGGCGUUCUCGCCUACGCCGAUGGUGCGUGUCGCGGCAAUCCGGGCCGCAGCGGCUGCGGUGCUUUGCUGCUGGACCCUUUGACAGGCCGCGUCCUGGCCUCUGACACCAAGUACAUUGGCGACCAGGAGACGAACAACGAGGCCGAGUAUCACGGGCUGAUGCUGGUGCUGCGACUGGCGCAGAAGCACCAGGCCACACACGUGCAAGUGUUCAUGGACUCGCAGCUCGUCGUGCGCCAGAUGCAGGGGCUUUAUCGGGUCAAGGCCGCGAACUUGCGACUCCUGCACCAGCAGUGCAAGAAACUUAGUGCAGCUCUCCCUCAAGUGGCGUUCACUCAGAUAGCUAGGGAGGAGAACGUCGCUGCUGACCGCCUGGCAAACGAAGCCAUUGAUGAUUACUUUGCUGUCGUCAAGUGA